AUGAUCCUGGACUGGGCAAUAGAGCUGAAGAAUGUCUCAAAGGUAUGGCAAUGAUUUCCGUGUGGGUGUGUGCGUGUUACUGUAUCUUAUGUGUGUAUUCUCCCAUUGUUUUGUAAUGCAGGUGAAUCGUCUCUCAGAUGAAGACAUUGAACGUCUCCUGUGCCCUAGUGGGAAGGAGUCAAGGCUGGCCAGUGUUCUGCCAUUGUUGGAGUUUGUGGCUUGCUCUCUGCUAUCACAUGACACUAAGGUGAGCAGUGCCCACACUUUUGAAACAUAGUGAUUAUUAAAACCAGUGUGUGUAUUCUUUCCUGUGUAUAUUACUGUCCAACAAAUCAUAUUUAUUUUGUCUCCAUAGGAGGACAUAUCAGUGCUGUGGUUAAUGUCCAAACAGAGGGUAUUGAAAACGGGUAAAUGUUUCUCUUUCUCUUAGAAUUUCCCAUAAAUAUGAUUGAUGUUCACUGAAAAGUUUUCACCUAUUUAUUGUUGUGCUAAACUAUUAUUUUCCUUCCCAAUUAGGAAACUCCAUAUAUGUCCCCAAUUCAGGUGGGCAAGAUUAUUCACAAAAUAAGUUAUUUCAAUACCUUCUUGGCACAGGAGGUUGAUGGCACCUUAAUUGGGGAGGACGGGCUCGUGGUAAUGGCUAGAGCGGAAUCAGUGGAAUGGUAUCAAAUUCAUCAAACGUGGUUUGAUGCCAUUCCAUUCGCUCCGUGCCAGCCAUUAUUAUGAGCCUCCCUCCCCUCAGCAGCCUCCACUGCUUCUUGGAGAUUCACUCAAUUGAAGUCCUGUGUAAAAUCUAUUCACCUAUUCCAUUAUUUUUUUUCAGCAUGGCAAUGGAUUCUCAGUGUUUCAGAUACCAUUCAAACAUAUAAAGUGCAGGGAAAUAUAUUAAGUUGGUUACUUCAGAGUCUUUAACCUCAUGAAUAAGAAAAUGACAGAAACAAUCUUAAGGCUUCAAUUGAAAACAUAUGAUGCCUCCCUUGAUCGCUCUGUCAAUCUCCACAGUCCCCAUCCGCCUGGACCCCAACACUAGCCACCCUUUGCUGGCUUUUUCAGACGACAAGCUUGAGGUAUUGAGAGGGAGCCAGAGGCCCAAUGUCAUGGACCACCCCUAUCGUUUUAACUAAUGGCACUGCGUGCUUGGUGACAGAUUCUUCACCUCAGGGCAUCACUACUGGGAGGUGGAAGCAACCCCCACAGGGAGCUGGAGAUUAGGAUUAACCACUGUAACUUCCUCCAAGAGGAAUCGGUUUGAGAUAACCCCAGCAAAGGGCUACUGGACACUCUGGGGAUAUUGCCUGCAAUGACCAACCAAUCAAGCUUUCAAGUGUCAACCGGGUGGGCAUCUACCUGGAUUACGAAGAGAGCCAGGUGUCAUUCUAUGAUGUAGAGAAGAGGUCUCACAUCUACACCUUCUCUGAUACCUUUAAGGAGGGGGUCGUUCCUGUGUUCGCCUGUCUGGAUGUCUACACAAAGCUCAAAACUGUGACACCGGAGAGAUUUCAGCCACAUUAG